UAUGUCGUAAAACGUAUAGCGUCAGCCGCAACCAACACAACAACAUAGCUACCGAGAUCCUAACGGACUCUCCUUUCUCAUCUGAUCUGUCCACAUCCACAGGUAAGCUGGACUUCUCCGACACCCACUCGGACAUGUCCUAUGUCUUCAUCAACGACUCGGCGCAGGCCAGCUCGCCGCUGCUGCAGGCCUGCAUCGACGGAGACCUGCACUUUGGGCGUCGGCUGCUGGAGACGGGCUGCGACCCCAACAUGCGGGACACCCGCGGGCGCACGGGCCUGCACCUGGCCGCCGCCCGCGGCAACGUGGACAUCUGCCGCUUCCUGCACAAGUUCGGCGCCGACCUCCUCGCCACGGAUUACCACGGCAACACGGCGCUGCACCUGUGCGGCCACGUGGACACCAUCCAGUUCCUGGUGUCCAACGGCCUCAAGAUUGACAUCUGUAACCACAACGGCUCCACGCCCCUGGUGCUAGCCAAGCGACGGGGGGUGAACAAGGAUGCCAUCCGCCUGCUGGAGGGCCUGGAGGAGCAGGAGGUGAAGGGCUUCAACCGGGGAGCGCACUCAAAGCUGGAGACCAUGCAGUUGGCCGAGAGUGAGAGUGCGAUGGAGAGCCACUCCCUGCUGAAUCCCAACCUGCAGAGCAGCGAGGGCGUGCUGUCCAGCUUCAAGACCACGUGGCAGGAGUUUGUGGAGGACCUGGGCUUCUGGAGGGUGCUGCUCCUCCUGGUGGUCAUCGCCCUGCUCUCCCUCGGCAUCGCCUACUACGUCAGCGGGGUGCUCCCCUUCUCCAGCAACCAGCUGGAGCUGGUCCACUGAGGAGGAGAAGGACGCUCCGUCCGUCCCUGCUCGCCCAUGGACGGCGCGUCAGCAUGAGCUUGGACGAAGGGGUCGGAGGGAGUCUGAAGGGCCCACCAGGUGUGGACCGGGUGGACAACACUCCACACUUGUGAUGCCACCAUCGCCUAGGAUUAGUGUCAUCACAAGUGACGCCUGGUGGUUAAUUAGGGGCCGUUUUAGGGAGGAGGAAGAGUGGGACGGAGUUGGCGGGUUACAGGCUGUGUUAUAUUUCGAGUUAAGCGAGCAAUGGUUUGAGUCUCUCCCGUCAGUCUCUGUCUAACCAGGAAGUGGAUGCAGUGUACUAGUUGGGGGAGCAGAGUGGUUUUGGUGCAACAAAUAGAAGUUAUGACCACACCUACGGUCUAGGGGGGCAAGACCUCAGAUCUUUUUACAGUUUGUGUUUCUAUUGGCGGCGUGUCGAAUGUGUAUCAGAUGCACAUGGAAGUGUUUUUAUGGUUAUGAGGUAGGUCUUAGGGUGGAUGGGAAAGAUGCUAAGGGGGGAGGGGGGAGGAGAAAGAGAAAACUAUGACUUGAUUACAUAAUCAGUCACUAUUGAAGCUCAUCGCUACUUCAUCGUUCUAGCAAUUAUGUUUAAUUUAUUUCAGCCAACUUUAAUGACUUAUUAUUUCCCAUUGGAUGGUCGCCUGGCAGUUGGUGCUGUAUUGGACCGAUCCCAGCCAUUUGUAUACCCUAGUUCCAUGUGACUCGUGUUUUAAACUAUUUUUUUCUUUGCUUUUAAGCACCAUACAAAAUCUGAACAGCUUUCCUUCUGUUCCUUCAGAGUGCCAGAGGUGUUACGUAAACAGUGUCUCUGUUUGAAAAGUCUGCUCUCAUAAGUAUUGUGCAGGUGCAAACACACUUCUCUGAUGUUUAUUCCCAUGGUGCAUUGCUCCCUUCACACUGGUCCUUGAACUGACCUAAGCCCCAGCCAACCCAAAUGUAACCAAUUCUCAUGCAUCAUGGGAAAUACACUCCAGAAAAGUCCAACUUUUUUUAACCAGUGUUAGAAUGAGCUGUCUAGCAUCCAGUCUUUAACAUUUCGAUUUAUAGAGUAGGGGUCCCUUUAUUUUAUACUACUCCGAGUCUUAGCUGGGUGUAGCUUGAAGCUUUGACACAUAGAUGAAAUGGAGAGAUUUAACAUGCAGUUAUACUUACUACAAGGCUGACUGACAACCAAAUCUUAACGAACACUCCCUCAAUAUUAUCUACGCAUAACAUUGUAACUCUGAUUUCUCGUUGGUUUGUAGCCUAGACCAAACAUUUGUACGAUUACCUUUUAUAUUUUAAAAAAUACUACCCAAUGAAUUUCAUCUCUUAUUGUUGUAAUACGUUGUACUCUUAUCCAUGCGUUAUUCUGUCUACACUUACAGCAAAAACUCUUUUAAAAGUAUUACCUUUUAAUGUCUUUCAUGUUUAUGUUUAAAGCUGUAUACAAGCGAAAUUAUUUUACGUAUGCCAUUUGCAUAUUUCUUAAGGACCCAUAUCUGUGUUUAAAUAAUUCAUCAUGUCACUUAUUCAUUAUUGUUUUCAACUUAUGUCCCCUUUUUUGUCUCUGGACAUUUCGUGUAUAUUAAUUUCCCAUUGUCUAAGUGACCAGUCGCAUUAAAGCUGUAUAGCAAUGAAUGCUUACAACUGCUUGUAAAUAUUAGUUUAUAUACAUAUUUGUUUGUGAUUCGCUUGUUUUUGCCGUCCCACGACACAGUAUGAGAUGAUAGCUUAACUGUGUGCCUUUUUUAAAAGAAAAGAAUAUUCAAUUACAAUACUUUUUAACAGCACAGGAUUUCCUUUAAAGCAUGUAGCUUUGUUGCAUUAAAAGAUUUAGAAUUGUAAACAUUACCGCAUUCAAUUCCCCUUUUGUUUUCUGUGUGUGGGGCAAAAAACAACAUUUUGGCAAAUCUAUAUCUUAUGUGGAGAGAAUUAAUAAAACACUCGAAAUGCGAGAUUGUUGAGGAAUUCAA